UACAAUAAUUGCAAGUGUUCGCGUUACGUCACUCGCUGCAAAAUCAAGAUGCUCUUUAAUACUUACGCUCUUGUCUGCCUCUCUUUCCUUGUCGGCGUUCAAGCCGUUGGUCGCGCCAUUGUAACAAAUCAAUGCGACGAGCCCAUCUACCUCUGGUCGGUCGGUGGCUCCAUCAGCGCGCAGAACACCAUCGCGAAGGACACCUCCUACAGUGAGACUUUCCAUCGCGACCCAGCAUCCGGGGGUAUCGCGCUCAAAAUCAGCCCCCUUGAAGGCGGAAUUUUCAAGCCAAAUGCUAGCCAGACGAUUUUCUCAUACAACCUCGAUGUCAAUCAAAUCUGGUACGACAUGAGCGACGUUUUUGGUGAUGGAUUUGCCGGGCGUACCCUGUCAAUCAAGCCGACAGACUCAAGCUGCGAUGCGAUUGCUUGGGGGUCUGGCAAACCGCCUGCAGGAAGCCAGGUCAAGAACUGUCAAGCGAGCACGGAUUUGGAGUUGACGUUCUGCACGAACCAUUGCUUGCCGAGUUGGUAUCCGUGUGGAAACAAUGCUCCAAAUGAUCGAAGGGUUUGUUGCACGCAUUGCAUUGGAAGCCAUCACUGUGUUGCGCCACUAUAAAACGUUCAUGGGCGUGUGGCAACGUGAAAUAUAUCCAAUUUAAUGGAAGGAAGGCGUCAGCGGCAAGUAAUUACAUAGUCUUAAAGUCAUAAGUAGAGAGAUC